AUGCUCUGUAAUAGGCUUAAAAAGAUAUUACCUGGGAUAAUAUCUCCUAACCAAAGUGCUUUUGUGGAAGGCAGGAACAUAGUGCAUAAUAUACUGAUUUGCCAAGACUUGGUGAGGUUGUACAAGAGGAAGAAUACAACUAAAACUUGUCUGAUCAAAGUAGACCUAAGGAAGGCAUAUGAUACUGUGGAGUGGAGGUUUGUGGAAGAAAUGUUGCAUUCUCUUAACUUUCCUCAAAAAUUCAUAAAAUGGGUGAUGGCUUGCAUCACAUCUACCGAGUAUACAAUAGCAAUAAAUGGUGGAGUAUAUGGGAACAUUAAGGGCAAACGAGGACUUAGGCAAGGGGACCCAAUAUCACCCCUACUUUUUGUCAUCUGCAUGGAAUAUCUCUCAAGAACUAUGAGGAUUACUGAACAAAAAGGGUUCCAAUUUCAUACCAAAUGUAGAGGGCUUAAGUUAAACCACUUAUGUUUUGCAGAUGAUGUGUUAUUCUUUUGCAAAGGGGAAUGGCAAUCAGUGGAAAUGAUCCUAAGGGGGCUGGAAACAUUCUCAAGAGCAUCAAGAUUACACACCAGUGCAGCUAAGUCAAACAUCUACAGUGCAAACAUGGAGGAACAAUGUAUCCAGGACAUAUGUGAGCUCACAGGUUACCAAAGAGGAGCUUUACCAUUUAGGUACUUGGGAGUACCAAUAUCUGCUAGGAAGCUCUCAGCAACAGAUUGUGAAAUGCUAGUAGAGAAGAUGGCUGCCAAAGUUCGAACUUGGAGCUCAAGGAAUAUUUCAUAUGCUGGAAGGGGGAUGUUAGUGAACUCAGUAUUGAUGCACAUACACUCAUAUUGGGCCUCAAUCUUUAUACUCCCCAAAAAGGUCUUAAAAAACAUAAUAGGCAUUUGCAGAAGCUUCCUAUGGGAUGGAAAAGGAAACUCAACCAAAAUGGCGCUGGUAGCAUGGGACACAGUGUGCAAACCAAAACAACAAGGUGGACUGGGGAUAAAGGAUUGUAUAGCAUGGAAUGAAGCAACAAUGGUAAAAUAUGUUUGGAAUAUAGCAAAUAAAGAGGACAACCUUUGGGUGAAAUGGGUUAAUCAUGUAUAUAUAAAAGAUCAGGAUUGGUGGCAGUAUGAACCACCAAUUGACAGUUGCUGGUAUUGGAAGAAAAUCUGUGCUUGCAGGGAUAAAUUUGCAGCUGGUUUUGUGAAUAAUGGAUGGCUCAAACAGGGGGGAAAAUACACUGUGAAAAGUGGAUACCAUUGGUAUAAAGGAUAA